AUGGCGUCCACCCAGAGGAACACACGUGCGUCGUCUCAAACCCAAGCUAAGUCUGUGGAGCUUCGGGAGAAGCUAUCUGCUGAUAACAAGUUACUCCUGGAUGCCAUUGAAGCCACGCUUCUACUUUCCCUGAAGUCUGAGAUACAGGAGCUGAAGUCUCAACUUGCUGGCCGUGCUGACGAGCAGAGGGAAAUCAAAUCAAGUGUUGCACAGGGUGAAAGUCUCAAAUCGACACCACAGAUGCAGCUUGUUCGCGAGACCUCUGCCAGAUUAAAUGAUCUUGAGCAGUAUUCUAGAAGAAACUGCCUCCUCUUGCAUGGGGCUGUUUCACCUACCUCCGACACCGUCCAGAUCAUCCUCGACACCGCCAAGAACACCCUGGGCAUCGACUUGUCGGAGGGUGAUAUUGAUCGGGCUCACCCGCUACCCAGACGCAAAGGUUCUGAUGGUCAACGCCCACCUCCCAUUGUGAUCAAGUUUGUCUCGUACACCGCCAGGCACAAGUUUUUCUCCGCUAAGUCCAAACUCAAAGGAUCUAAGCUCUUUGUCACUGAGCAGCUUACCAAGGAAAAUGCUCUACUGCUUCGUGCAACCAGAGAGAAGAUGGGGAACGGCUGGUCCAUGGACGGACGCAUCUACUGUCUGCAUGACAGUGUCAAGAAGAGGGUCGCCAACCGCACGGACUUGGACAACAUGGAACUGUAACGUUACUCACUGUAAGUUCUGUAU